AUGGAGCAGCGCAAGAGAGCAGCAGCAGCAGUUGCUCUCUGCUGCAUGCUCAUCCUGCUGCCUGCAGUCGAGCUGCAGCAGGUGGGUGCCAUGUCGAAGUUCUGCAGAUGCUACACCCGGUGCUACCCAGACUGCAGGUGGAGCCUUCCUCGGUUCAUCUGCGUGCUCAAGUGCAUGGAUGACUGCAGCCCCAGCAACAAGAAUGUGGCCACCGGCGGCGAUUGCCACAGCUUUUGCCUGCUCACCAUAUGUGGCAUGGCGAUGAACGGGGCAGCUGAUGCUGCAUCUUGUGUAGAUGACUGCACAAAGAACCCAAACCUAUACACCAAGUUCCUUUAA